AUGAACAGCACUUUGAGUGAUGGCGCUCCUUUCUCGGGGUUGAAUCAAGAGGGACCCCGCCAGAAGCGCUCACGCGUCCUGCUGUCAUGCGGACCAUGUCGCUACUCCAAGCUCAAAUGCGACCGGGGCACGCCUUGCUCGCAAUGUCAGAAGAAGGGCCGCGACGACCUCUGCCAAUAUGCCCCCAAGCUGGAGAAGAAGAAGAAGAAGCCCGCGAAGACCAUGGCUGCGCGGCUGAAGCGGCUUGAGGGGAUGGUGCGGGGCAUGAUGGAUGAAGAGGGCAACAUUAUACCGCAGCCUGGUGCUUCGGAUCAACGCCCUCUUGAUGAUGGAUUGAGACAGCCGAUAGGCGGGCAAGUUGUCAGAGGGAAGCAUCAAGCCACGACGUGGGUUGGUCCGACACACUGCUUAGCCAUGCUGGAGGAUAUUGAGGAUCUAAAGGCCUACUUUGAUGACGGGGAUGAUUAUGAAGAGAUUGAUACGCAGUCAGACGAGGUUGAGUCUGCUGGACUCUUCCUACUCUCACCUAAUGCUCCUAGGAAUCGCGAGGACCUCAUCGCGGAGCUGCCGGAGAAGAGGAUCGCCGACAGACUCAUAACGAGGUACUACGCCUGCAUGAGCCCCUCGCAACAUAUCAUACACAGGCCGAGUUUCUCAAGAACUUAUGCUCGCUUCUGGCAAGAUAAUGACAGUGUCAACUUGCACUGGAUCUCCCAGCUUUUCAUGAUGCUCGCUUUGGGCGUCCACUUCAACCGCUUCCAAGCACCCCAAGAGGUCGAGGGUGACUCGCCCAUGCCGGCCAACGAUCGUAUCAAGCACUACAAGUCCAUGGCUGGAUUGGCCCUGUCUUUGGGCAAGUACACCCAGCCCAAUCCUUGGACCAUCCCGGCAUUCAUGCUUUACACGGAAUCAUUUUUCAUCCUCAACCGUGCUGGGCAGAUGCAGUGCUCCAUAUUGUCCAGCGUGUGUGUUAGACUCAUGCUCAAGGUGGGCCUGCAUCGUGAUCCGAGCAAGCUGGCCAACAUCACCCCGUUCGAAGGUGAAAUGAGGAGACGCAUGUGGAACAUGGGCACCCAAGUCGAGACCUUGGUGUCCUUCCACAUGGGCUUGCCCAGUGUCGUCCAGAGCGUCGAGACAGACACCCAGGUUCCUCGGAACUUGAAGGACGAAGACUUUGACGAGAAUUGCACAGAGCUGCCUCCUGGACGCCCAAGUACCGACUGGACAGCCACAACUUAUCCGAUAUGCAAGACCAAGAUCAUGCGCGUUUUCGGGAAUAUUGUCCAGCAAUCUCAUGCUCUCACACCCCCACCCUACAGUGAGGUCCUUCGCUUGGAUCAGAUGCUGCAGGAAACUUGGAAAGGCCUUCCGGCCUUUAUGAUGAACCGCCCACUGGACGAGUGCGUCGGUGAUCCUCCGAUUCUGAUCGUCCAGCGCUUCGGGCUGGCAGGGCUGUACAACAAAUCUCGCUGUGUUCUUCACCGGAAAUACCUUGUUGAGACUGCCCCCCUACAGGAACAUGACUAUUCCAGGCAGCAGUGUCUCCAAGGUGCGCUGACAUUACUCAAAAACCAGGAGAAGAUCUGGGAAGCGAGUAAACCAGGAAAUGUCCUAGCGCACCACGGCUGGUUCCUCUCAUCGCUCGCUGUACAUGACUACUUACUCGCGGCUGUCAUUGUGUACAUGAUUCUCAAAGACGAAUCAUACGGCGAUCCAAACAACGAGCGCCAUUGGAGCAACCAACUGGCGGAGACGCCUACAAGAGAUGAACUGAAGCGGAUGUUGAUACGGUCACACACUGCCUGGACCGAUGUAGCAGAAACGGCGGCCGAUCUCCGCAAGACCGCCGACACUCUGGCCAUUAUGCUGUCGAAGCUUGGUGUGCAAUUGAAUGACCGGCAACCGCAACCUUCGCCACUUAUUACGCCAACUGCGGCUUCAGGGAGCAUUGAAUCUUCCGGCAUGGGAGGCGUCUCUAGCUCUUCGAAUGGUCUUAGCGCAACGGGAUAUAUGUCGUCGUUCGGGUUUGAUGGCAAAUUCACGACCACCCAAGCCGAGGACUCAUUUGCAAUGGAGCAGCCGACCGAAGCCAUGCAAAACAUGUCUUUCCCGGAAAUGGGCUUUUCGAUGCUGCCCAGCACUAGUGCCUUCGACUUUGAUUCCUCUUGGGUCGAACCAGAAAACAUGGACUGGCGAUUUCUCGACAUAUCUCUCGCACAUGGCCACACUGCUGGCGCCAAAGUUGACGGCGUCGGGGCCCAGUGGACUGAGAACUCACUCAUGGAUGAUAGUAACAUAGAUUGGGGCAAGGCUGAGCACUGGAGCUAG